AUGCUUCCUGUUAGUCAUGUCUGCCCAGAGAUGCCCCCUGUCAUCCCUGCAUCCACCUGUUCUGAUAUCACCGCUCUACUGCAGACACACUACCUCUCACCCAUAUAUGUUUUGGAGUUUGCCAUUGGCGUCCUCUGCAACCUGUCUGUGGUCCUGUUUUAUGUGUUCUGGCUGCCGUCUUGGAAAUCCAUAAAUGUGUACAUGUUUAAUUUGGCGAUUUCUGACCUCAUCUUCCUGUGCACCUUACCAGUGCUGAGCUACAAGUACACGCACAACCAAGAGUUACCCCUUGUAGGCUGUGUGCUUACCCGCUACAUCCUCCAUGUUAACAUGUAUUCCAGCAUCCUCUUCAUGGGGUGUGUGGGUGUGGACCGAUUAACACUGCUGUGGUACCCACAACGCAAUCACUUCCUUUUGUCUUGCAAAGCCUCGUUGAUAAUCAGUUUUCUGAACUGGAUUUUGGUGACAAUUGAGCUGGCUCCUCUUAUCAUGUUUGCGAACCAUGACCUAAAGAAAACCAACUGGACGAAGUGCAAUGAUUUUGGCAGCAUGAACCCACCCGUCCCUCUUCUAAUCUACAGCUUGUUACUCACCACUGUAGCGUACGUGCUGCCCCUACUGACCAUAUAUCUGUCAGCGAGUAAGAUGAUCUCUCUGCUCAAGAAGAGAGAGGAAGUGCUUGGGACAUCCUUUCAAAGGCCAGUGAACAUCUUGAAGGCUGCAGUGGUCAUGUUUCUGGUGCUUUACAUGCCAUAUCAUGUGAUGAGAAACAUGCGCCUUGCAUCACAGCUACCUGCAUUGGGACUGACACAGUGUACAAUAGUGUAUAUCGAGGCAGUGUACAUAAUAACACGGCCAAUUGCAUUUUUUCACAGUGUCAUAAACCCUGUGUUUUAUGUCCUAAUGACAGACAGAUUUAAGGAGGUCCUGCAGGAGAAGUGGAAGCAGCUUAGAGGCUUGACAAUAUGUAGAAGAUUAUCAUAA